AUGCAAUUCAAGAAGGUUAUGACUGGCGCAGCCGUGCUGCUUGCCUCUGCUCCGGCCGUGAUGGCUGUCGGGUCCGCCACCGUGGUCAACAACUGUGGAUUCCCCAUCUACUAUGCGUCCGUUGGCCAGGACUACACCGCCAACAUGCAACUGCUCCAAGGCAGCUUCUCUGAGCAGUACACCCAAGAGGGUGUCGGUAUCUCGAUCAAGCUGGCCCCCAACGCCACCACGUCUGGACCGGUCUCGCAGUUCGAGUUCACCUGGGCCGACGGCAAGGUGUCGUAUGACCUGUCCAACAUUGACGGCUAUCCUUUCUCCGCCGGCGGCAUGGAGAUUGUGCCCUCAUUGCAGGGAGACUCGAACAACCCAACCUGCGUGCCCGUCGACUGCCCGGCCGGUGAAUCCGUGUGCACUGCCGCCUACAAUGCCCCCGAUGAUACUCGCACCAUGGUCUGCGACCAAGACUCCGAUCUGGUCUUGACCAUGUGCCCGGGCGGCGCCGCCAAGCGCGACGUCGAAGUCAACAGCCAAGGCCAUGUUCACUACCGCGUGCACGCUCGACACCUGCCCCGGCGGGCAUAG